AUGCAGCUACUACAAUGGAGCCAAAACCAUUCAGCCAAUCACGUAGAGACAUUGAGCUAUUGGAAUGGGACGAAAUUGUGUUGGACCAAUCGUGCGUCAACACUACUGCUAGGAGAGAGUGAAGCCGUGGAUAAGCAUUCUUAUUGGAUGAUCUUAUCCAAAAGAAAUGGACGAAUCAAAUGGAGAUACACAGCAGCUUCUAAGACGGGCCAAUCAUGUAGCAACAUCCAGCUACCAAAUGAAGACGAAGCAAGCCUAAACCAAUUGGGCAACGACACCAGCUGCUAUGGAGGCGAUAGAUCGUGGAUAAGCUCCAAGAAGACCUAA